UUUCCUAAACCAUGACAGGAGAGUCGGGAGAGUGGCGAAGGUGAGCAUCAGGACCACAAACACAACAAUGGCUGUGAUGACCAUGUGCUGGAGCACGUCUGCUGGAGGGGGGGGGCGGGGCCGCUUGCAUGCUGUAAAUGCUGGCGGCGAAUCCCAAUGGCAGAAAGAACACCGUCGAAUAGGUGAAAUACUUGAUGUUGUCAUUCUGGCGGAAACUCCGCUCGCUGAUAUAUUGAUUAUACUUGUUCUUGCGCUCCUCCGUAAGAAAAUUCAGAGACUUGGACAACGAGGCGACCGUGCUCUGGUGGGAUUUCAGGUCACGCUCGGCUUGGUGGCCUAGGUUGAAUGCGAUGUUGAUCGCCUCCCGGUACUUCUUCUCGUCUUUGUUGGUCCAACGUGGCUGCGCCGUUCAACGGUCUUUGACCCUAGAGUUCCAGCGAUCGACGUUCUCGGAGACGCUUCUCAAGUCCUGACUUAAGUAUUCUAGAACUUCAUGGAGCGCGGCCCAUGCCCUCAGAGAGUCAAAGAAGACCUUGGUAUUGAAGUUUGGCUAGAGAAUGCUCGUCCUUGAGGCUUUGGUUCCGGGUCUCAUGACGAAGCUGUUCGCGAAUACUCUGAAUGAUGGUCGAGAUGCUUCGGUUGCACUGAUCGAGGAUUCGAUAACACAAAAGUAGCUCAAGGACCUUCCUCUGCUGCCAGACAUUCUCGUUCCCCUCUCUAAAAAGGUCUCUCAUAAAGCUUCCGCAUAAGAACUCCUUCAUG